CGACGCAGGCCGACAGAAAAUGGCGUCCGCCUGAAAAUUUUCAUUUGUCUAAAUUAAUAUAUUUACGCCAAGUUAGCCAGCGAAAAGCAGAGCAAUGGCCUUGCCGGGCAAUUAUAAGCAAAUAGCGGUGGGUGGUGGCGGCAGCAGCAGCACUGGAAGCGGCGGCGGGAGCACCGGUGGCGGCGGCGGCAGUAGCCGGUCACGUUCCUCCGGCGGCGGAGGAGCCUCCGAUAGGAACAAGGACCAGACGCCCAUCUUUACGCACAGCAACUAUGGCAAUCCAGCGUUCACCCCGCAGAAAGUGACCAAGUCCUCCAGCAGCAAGAACCAGAACGAAUCGCGCCUGCCGAAGCCCCCAAAGCCGCCGGAGAAGCCCAUUCUGCCCUACAUGCGGUACUCGAAGCGCGUAUGGGAUAGCGUCAAGGCCCAGAAUCCCGAGCUGAAGCUGUGGGAGCUGGGCAAGAAGAUCGGCGCCAUGUGGAAGCUGCUGGGCGAGGACGAGAAGACCGAGUUCAUUGAUGAGUACGAGGCGGAGAAGCUGGAGUACGAAAAGUCGCUGAAGGCCUACCACCAGACGCCCGCCUACCAGGCCUACAUGUCGGCCAAGAGCAAGGUGAAGACGGAUGUGGAUAUGCACGAGACACCCUCGCGCGGUGGCGGCAGCAAGUCGCAGCACGAACGCCGCAUUGACAUCCAGCCGGCGGAGGAUGAGGACGACCAGGAUGAGGGCUAUACGGCCAAGCACAUGGCCUACGCCCGCUACCUGCGCAAUCAUCGGCUGAUCAAUGAGAUCUUCUCAGAGGCUGUCGUCCCGGACGUAAGAUCGGUGGUCACCACCACACGGAUGCAGGUGCUCAAGCGUCAGGUCAGCUCGCUGACCAUGCACCAAACGAAGCUCGAGGCGGAGCUGCAGCAGAUGGAGGAGAAGUUUGAGGCGAAGAAGCAGCGUAUGGUCGAGUCCAGCGAGGCCUUCCAGGAGGAGCUCAAGCGUCACUGCAAGCCGGCUGUAGACGAGGACACCUUCCAGAAGAUGGUGCAUCGUAUGUAUGAGGACAUCAAGCGGGAUCGCCAGCGAUUGGAUGAGCCCAGUGCGAACAAUGCCGUGAACGCGGCCACGCCAGCGACGAGAAGCGGCGAAGAGUCUGCCGCCAAACCGCCAGCUCAGCCGGGGGCCACGCCUGCUGUCAGCCAGGAGUCGGGAGCUGCGGGGCCGCCCAAAGAUCCAUCAACAGCAGCGGCGGGAGCAGCAGCAUCUCCGCCAGUUGUAAAGCCAGCCACGCCCACACCCACGCCUAGUCCAGCACCCAAUCCCCCUGCUGUACCACCACCCGUGGUACAUGUCCACGAAACGGCGAGCAAAACGGAUCCGGAACCCAUGGAUAUUGAGCCGCCGCCAAAGCCCUCGGUGCCACCGCCGCCCAUUAAGCCCGAGAAACUGGAAAUGGCCGCAGCACUGCCUCCGCAGUCCACAGUGACAGAUGCCCAAAAGCCAGAGGUAGCCAAGGUGGUGACACCGCCCAGCAAGGUGCCCACACCAGGACCCGUGCGCACGCCCCCGCCCGAAGUGGUUGGAUCGGGUCCGAUUCCGGCUUCCGGGACAGCUUCAGCUGCGACAACGCACACGCCACCACCGGUCCAACAGCAGCAGCUGCCACUGCCGCAGCAGCAACAACAGCAGACAGCAGCUCCUCCACCCGGCAUGCCGCAGAUGCAUCCACAUCCCGGACAUCCGCCUCCAGGGCAUCCGCACAUGCCGCCGCAUAUGGGGCCGCAUCAGCCGCCGCCAGGCAUGCCUGGCCUGCCGCCACCACCUCCUCACACAGGCUAUGCCAACUAUGGCGGGCCACCGCACGGUCCGCCACCCGGUCCGCCCGGUGGGCCAGCGCGUCCGUACUAUCAGCCGCAAUACGGAGGACACCCAACGCCGCAGCCGUACUACGCACCGUUCUCGCCGUAUCAACAGUCAUAUGGACCACCGCCCGGCUCCCAUUACAUGUCGCCGCGUCCUCCGCCGCCGCAGCAGCAACAGCAGCAGCACAACGGAAAUCCAGGACAUCCCUAUGCGCCCGAACACGGAAGUAACCCACCGCCACCACCGCAACAGCAGCAGCAGCAGCAACAACAACCGCCUCCGGGUCACCUGCACGAGUCGAGUGGAGCAGCAGGCGGCGGCGGCGCAGUAGGAGCUCCAGUCGGUGGCGUAGCAGGUCCUGCCGCUGCCGGGGCAGGCAGUGGUCUGUACCCACCGCCGGGAGCAGGAACGGGAGCACCGCAGCAGCUGCCGCCGCCGCCGCCAACAGUGGGUGCAGCUGCGGUAGAUGGACCAGGAGUCGCAGCAGGCGCACCUGGAGCCCCAGGAUCCGCGCCGACAGCGACCGGCAAGCAUCCAGAGGCGGAGAAGAGCGAGGCGGACUAAGGACCAGGAAUGUUCCGAUUCUCAGAAACUAAACUAUAAAUAAUUUGGGGGUCACAUCCAACUUUAAUUUUAAGUUAAAACCAUUUUUUUGUGCGUGUUCUAAU